GAAUUUUCUAAUAUAUUAUUGGGGAUUCCCUUUUAACUACGAGAGUAUGACCAUGACAAAGUCGAUUGUGAUAUUUGUACAGUAUUUAAAAUAAAAUGACAUCUUUAUACCUGAAUGUGUUUCGUAAGGGAAAGUUUCAAGUAAUUAGUUAACGGUUGAUUACUAAGGCACACCGUUUAGAGUGUCAUUAUGUUCUAAGUAAAGAUCAGUGAUAGUAGAUAACUGGAUGUGACGUAACUGACCUGGACCCUGGAUAUCUUUACAUUCAGUGCGUCGGUCCGUUACACGGAUAACUUUCCUGUUUGAAAUCUGCAUCUGUUUUGUGGAACUUCUACUCUGUUUGAUAUUUGUUAAGAUGACAAAGAAAGCAAAGCUCAUCACGCAGAAGGAGUGGGGUUCUGGAGAACCGCAGACGGAUUCUAAUGGAACCGAAAGCAAUGGAGUGAAAGCUGCAAAGCAAUCCCCCGGAGUAGCUGCCCCUCCAGAUGGAGGCUGGGGAUGGAUUGUGGUACUAUCAUCCUUCUCUAUAAGUCUACUUGUUGACGGGACUUGUUUUUCUUUCGGCAUUUUCUUUGACGAGUUCAGAACUCAGUUUAACACUAAUAAAAGUGAGACUUCGUGGAUUGGCUCUGUGUUGAAUGGAUCCUAUUUAAUAUUCGGUCCAAUUAUCAGUGCUUUGGUUAAUAUGUAUGGCUGUAGGUCAGUGGCCAUUGCUGGGGCUAUAGUGUCGUUUGUUGCCUUCUUUGCUAGUACUUUCUCUCAAGAAAUUAGUGUUUUUAUAUUUUCGUAUGGCUUUAUUGGAGGCAUUGGUUUUGGGCUCAUGUACCUUCCGGCCAUUGUUAUGGUCGGUUACUACUUUGAAAGGCGGAGGGCCCUGGCCACUGGUAUUGCUUGUUGUGGCUCUGGAAUCGGCGCAUUUCUCUUUGCACCAUUCACCGAGUACUUGUUACAUGAAUAUGGCUGGAGGGGAGCUACAUGGAUUAUUUCUGCUUUGAUCUUUAACGGAGCAUUUUUCGCCAUUUUCUAUCGACCCUUACCAAAGCCAACAACCAAAGAGCCAGCUGAGGUCACCAAGAACAAUCCAAUCUAUAGAGAUCCAUCACUCAAAGCCAAAGGAUCUACAGUAACACCAGUUCUCUUGCAAAAUGGAGAUAACGAUACUAAAGACAUUCGUCAGAUGACUAAAGGAGAAAUUUUUCAUUCAUUAACUUGUGCACCAGCUUUAAAACCUGAACAAAAAACAAUGUCAAUGACAUUGUUCCCGCCACCAGCAAACUACGAUCUCAAUGUGAAGGGCCAGUUCAAAACCCCAGUUGCUCGGCUGGCUUACAGCCAGGAUCUCACCUCUUUUCGCAGACACAAGGGGAUGGCUCAACGAAGUGAACUCCAGCAGCCAAUGUCAAGGAAGGACAUCUUCUAUAGCGGCAGUUUGUGGCAUCUCAAGGAGUUCCGAGAGGCAGGCUCUUUGGAAGAGUUUCGUCAAGAGAUGAAGUCAGGGACAAGUGAGGCGUCAAAGACAGCUUCAACGUUCCAGAAGUUUCUACAGGCCGUGGCGAAUGUCUUCGACAUGUCAGUCCUACAGAGUCCAACAUUUUUAAUCUACGGCGUCUCGUGUUUUCUCUGUAUGGCAGGUUUCUUUGUUCCGUUCAUCUAUCUUCCAACUCACGCUACAGAUCUAGGACUGGACUCUACACAAGGGGCGUUUCUCAUCUCUAUCAUCGGCAUCACCAACACUGUUGGUAGGGUGGCAGUUGGAUUUAUAUCCGACCAGUCUUGGGCCGACUGUCUGCUCAUCAAUAAUGUAGCGUUGAUAUUAGGCGGUGUUGCCACAAUUUUUGUCCCAUAUUAUCCAGAAUACUACUUACUAGCCAUUUACUCUUGCAUUUUUGGAGCAGCUAUUGCUGUGUUUGUGUCUUUAAGAUCAAUUAUCAUGGUCGAAUUAAUGGGCAUAGAGAAACUGACCACUGCAUUUGGCUUUGUCAUUAUGUGCCAGGGAAUGUCUUCAUUUGUUGGAGCCCCGAUAGCAGGUGCUAUAUCAGACGCCACAGGUAACUACAACGCUUCCUUCUAUCUCGCGGGUAUCACUUUGACUCUCAGCGGACUGAUCUGCCUUCCUUUGAGGAGAGUGGCCAACUGGGAGAAGAACAGAAGAGAGUCGAGCAGCAAGAGUUACAGCAAGGGCAAGAUUCCGUGGGAUCAAGAGAUGGAAGUUACAGCAGGGGCAUUGCCUGAAGAGAAACAGCCAAUGGUGUGAUGUUGUUAUAAGCUGAAAUUGUGAUUAGAAAUAUAGCCUAUAUACAAAUACAUAUGUGAUAACUCAACAUUUCUCCCAUAAUUGUGUACAUUUAUAUGAAUUAUAUUUACAAUGAAUGUAAAUGCUAAAACUGUUCAUUGCAUUGUAAACCUGUUUUACUUUUUUAUGCAACACUUACAUAAAGUAUAUUUUUUUUAACAAUUUUUUUUUUCUUUGCAGCAGAUUAACCAAUUUAAUUCAUUGAAUAGUGAAUAAAUCAAUGUAGAAAUGUUUACGGAGUAUAUUUCUAAAGCACCGCUUCUCAAAAGUGAAUACACUAUAAAUGCGGCUAUAUGAAUAUAUUUUCGCCAAUCGUUCUGUUAGCGUCCUUUUCCCGAACCAAUACCUGCCAGCUACUAGAUGUCUUGCUGAACAAAAAGAUGAGUCCAUUACAAACGAUUGUUCUCUGCUGCCUAGAAUGCCUCAUCACACUUCAAUAUCCCCCCUUUCCAACCUUUCCUACGUAAGAUACAAUUGACCUGGAGAGAAAGUACGCUGUAGACGCCAGGGGAUUGAAUCGCCGAAGCUCAGAAUGCAGGACAAAGCUUCUGGAAAAGCUUCAGCUUUCUCCACUAAGGUAGCCUUAGCAGUACGCGGAUCCCCGGGCGACUGCCGAACGUGAGCCCAUGAGCCGUAAGCGUAGAUUAUGUAUACUGUAAAACAUCAAACUAACGGUCUAGUCCACCCCUGUUAUUGUAAGCCUGGUGUGGCUAAUCAAGCCAAUUCUAGAGCGGCAGACUUUGCCACAAUUCAUGCAUGUGUAUGCAUCUGAUUCAGGGCUAGCAUACAUGGCCGCUCUCUUUUUUUCCCUCGUAAUUUAGGCCACUUCGUUUCUUUUGCUCUCAGCGAGGAUCGUCCCAGCACGCAACUGUGUGUCUCCAUGCACUCCCACAUACUUUUGUUGAUGUCUGUGGCUCUCAUGUAUCGCUUGCAGACAUAUCUAUAUGUUAGUCUUGGGAGGGCAUUGGGUCUUCCUCCCUCCACAAGCUCAGAAUAUAAGAUAUCCUUCGGGAUUCUACCAUCUGGCAUGCGGGUGACAUGUCCGAGCCAGCGUAGUCUUCUUUGUGUCAGGAGAGCAUACAUGAUGUUCAUAUAGGUCAAUCUCAAAACUUCCUGAUUGGAGACAUGGUCCCUCCAAGAGAUGCGCAUUAUGCGUCUCAGGCAGAGCAAGUGGAAACUAUUCAAUCUGUGCUCUUGGUACAUGUAUGUUGACCAGCUUUCACUGCCAUAAAGAAGAGUGCUCACAACACAGGCAUUGUAGGCCUUAUUAUUAAUACAAAUCAUAGUACCUGUAGAAUGUACUGUAUUAUUAUCCUUUUGAUUACAUGAAGUACUGUAUUGCAAUUGUUCUGCUUAUGAGAUUUUGCUUACAAGAUUUAGUGAUAAAUAACUAAGAUCCAGAAACAUUUAGCAAUAAAAAUAAUAAAUUCUGCUAUCGUGAGAGGUGGGGCGGUUUCCCCAAUCACCACCCUCGAAAUCCACCUCUGCUCUACGAAAAACCCUUAUUUGACUAAAGUGGUUGCAAUUGUAUUUAUUUCUUAGAUGGGAGCAUCACAAAUAAAAUUUGGAGCAACUGGUUAAUGUGAUGUUUUUCUAUUAUAUGUGGCAAAAUCAUAUGGAAGAGAUGUGUUCAUAAAAUUAAACAGUUCUUUACACAAGUAGCUAGUUUUAGCUACUUUUAGCUAAACAUCUAGAACAUUAUUGUCAUUUAGCAAAUCAAAACUUAGUUAAAGAAUAGAAAAAGACAACAAAAAGAAUAAAAUAGUGGCAAGAAACAAAUCAGGAAAUAGCAAUAAAAUAACUACAUUUACUAUAGACAUCUCUGACAUUUUGUCUUAAUUGUUGCCAUUCAACAGACUAAUAUACUGCCUUAACUCUUUCUCUCCGUAAUUAUUUUUCCACGUUUUGAAGUUCUUCAUUUUUCUCAUUACUAUUUCACUACCCUGUUAUGAUUGGGCUUCAUUAUUGUUUGGUAUCAGAAAAUGUUUUAUUUGGUAUAGAAUUAAAGGGGAAUGCAUGCUCUUUUUAUAUAAUUCAAAGUCAAGUUAAAAAAAUUAAACAUUAGUUUAAUUUAAUGAGGUCAAAAUCAACGAUGGUAUCGUCGAUUAGGAGAGAAAGAGUUAAUUUAGCCGGGAAUUAUUUUUUGUUAUGGUUUUCUACACCUUUGUAUUUGUUUCGUUGUAACUAUCCCUGCUUUUUGCAUUCUUGUUAAAACAUACACGUAAGCUACUCUGGGUAGCGCUCUAGUAGUGUUUGUGCUCAGUGCCGGAGUUACGAUAGAGUAAGUCCCUGCUGCCAGCAGGUGCUCCUAAUGAAACGUUUUACAUGAUAAUCAUAUUAAUUAUAAAAUAUAAUAAAGUAACAAAAAUAUUUUUAAAAAUUCCAGGAUUUCUUUCUUCAUAAAUACAACAUGAUUUUAGACUUAUUUGGAUUCAGAGUUUUCUUUCUCCUAGAUGGGUAGCCAACCAAGGUUAACGAGCCCCUUUUGCCCGAAGCUUACUAGUUUAGGCGUCAGUUGUUCGCCUCUGUCUCCUGUUAGUGAUAACAGUUCCGCCGGGCUCAGUAUAUGAAUCAUACGUGAAAGCCAGGAAUUUGACUGAUUGUCAAAGGCUAUUUGAGACGCGUGUCAUUGGAAGCAUUUUAUAGGUAAUGAUGGGCUUAGAACCAUUACCACAUCCGGCGUUAACAAUCUUGCGGAACUGUUCAUAGUAUUAAAUGCAUUUGUAUUGAAGCUUGGAGACGAUAGAAUCCUCUGAAGACGUUUUUGCGCGAUGGCUUACAAUUUGGCGUAAUGUGUAAGCCGCAUCAUGUAUGAUUAUUGUAUUAAGUCCUUAAAAGAAUGAUACAUAUUUAUGUUUUUGUGUUGUUGGUGUUUGUUGUUGAGUCAAUGAGUGUAAAUCUGUUGUAGAUGAUGUGGAUUAUUUGGAAUGUUAUUAAUUACAGCUGCGAGUUUCUUAAGUACAGCUCACCACAGAAAAAAAGAUAACUAAAUAAGAUAACGCUGCCUGUUCGACAUAAAACUUUACUACAGAAAUAAGGGCACAGCCGACGUCGUCAAGAUUCAUCAACAAGCCGCCUCUUCGUCUCUCGUCCGUUAUUCGUCUCUAACCUAUUUCCGUUAUAAUUUUUUUAAAUGUAAUGUCGCGUCACUAAGGAAAAACCCAAUUAAACCCAACUUCUACGCGUCUUACUAUUGAGUCAUUACUAUGUUCAUACUUAUUUGUUUAAAUAAAGAACAAUUAAUAUUUUA